ACAGCAAUAAAGGAACGGGACAAGCGAGUCGAUUUAUUUUUGAUAUUUGGUUUCAGCGCCAGUAGGUAGCGAUAAAGCGCCACUGUGUUUUAACACCGACCGCUCAGAAGAAAAAAAGAAAAGAAAUCUCGCGCGACGUCGGUUGUGUAGCAGCCACAAACAGGAAGAAAACAUCCAGCUCUUACCUAAGCGGGGAGAGCUUUCGGCUAGCUUAGCAGCCCGUGUAGCACUACCACAGGAAUGACACGGCAUUGAGGGUCGCGAACGAACUGGUGUUUGGUCAUGCUGUGUCCGGAGUAGCGGCCGUAUCCGCCACAUACUCCGGGAAUAUCUCCCUCCUCGACUUUCCUCCGGUCCGAGUGUUGAAACGAGGUGUGAAUGAGUGACGUGGUGCCUCCCACAGCUCUCAGUGACGUCCAGCUACGCUUCCUCUGCCACGAUGACAUAGAGAAUGUCAAGUUGCUCUGUGGGGAUUGGUUCCCAAUCGAGUACCCAGACUCAUGGUAUCAGGACAUCACCUCCAACAAGAAGUUCUUCUCCCUCGCGGCCACCUUCAGAGGGGGCAUCGUGGGAAUGAUUGUGGCCGAGAUCAAAGGCCGGACCAAAGUACACAAAGAGGAUGGAGACAUCCUGGCCUCCAGUUUCCCUGUGGACACACAGGUAGCCUACAUCCUGAGCCUGGGAGUGGUCAAAGAGUUCAGGAAACAUGGCAUAGGCUCCCUACUGCUGGACAGUCUGAAGGAGCACAUCUCAACCACGGCCCAGGACCACUGUAAGGCCAUCUAUCUGCAUGUGCUCACCACCAACAACACUGCCAUCCACUUCUACGAGAACAGGGACUUCAGGCAGCACCACUACCUGCCCUACUACUACUCCAUACGAGGCGUCCUCAAAGAUGGAUUCACAUACGUGCUCUACAUCAACGGGGGUCAUCCGCCCUGGACAAUAUUUGACUAUAUCCAGCACAUCGGUUCCACCCUGGCCAGCCUGAGCCCCUGCUCCAUCCCUCAGAGGCUGUACCGGCAGGCCCAGUCCCUGCUGCGCUCUCUGCUGCCCUGGUCCAACAUCGCCUCCAAGACCGGCAUACAGUACAGCAGAACAAUGUGACGACGACAAGGUCGGCGGGAGUUGUGGUGACGGCAGCGUACUUUUGUAUUCCGUUUUUUUCCUGUCCAUGAAUCGAUGUUUGUUUUACCUCCAUUGUCUCUCUUCCCGUUUCUUCCUGUUUGUUUUGUUUUUUUUUGUUUCAGGAGUGCAACCGAUUUUCAUCAGUCUUCCCCUGCACACACACUUGCAUCCUCGUACCGGCGUUCCACGCCCGAUUUCCGAUACGCAUUUGUCACUGUUCCCCUCGAGAUUUGGGUUUGCCCGGCCACAGGUCUGCUUAACAGGGUUGUCGCAUUGCAAUGUUGGAUUUUUACACUGACCUGGUAAAACCGUGGGAUUUAUUCCCUGUAUAUACUACUACACUAUCCCAUAGUUACUAAAGUAACCUGUGUAGUUGUGUACACUAAAGCCGAGCAGUGUCGGUCCUGCUUUCUCCCGAAGGCAGCAGAGGAACUGGUACAUAUAAACUGGGGAUGGCAAACACAGGUCGUAGCUUUGAUGUGAAAAGGGUGUAGCACGCACACAGACACACACACACUGGGAACCCGACAGAGACUAAAGGUCUCUGUCUAUCUUUCUGUCUCCUCUCCUCCUGUCCACUGUCACAGAGACUAUGUAUACUGUUUGUAUAUUAUAUAUACUAAGCUAAUAUAUACAUUUAUCUUAUGUAUGUCUGUUCUAUGCUGUCGGUAGGCCUAGUUCAAAGAUAACCCACCCUGUCCCCUUUUUUUGAGUGGAAACUGAAUCCAGAGUCAAUUUCACUUUGUAAAGUAGAGACUCAAGAACACGCUAAAUUAAAUUGGUCCUUGAUUCUAGCUACGCUAACGGGCUAAAAGGGUAGAGCAAAGCUAAUUAUACGCAGGAAACGUUGGGACACGAUGUAGAUGGGGUGAUAUGAAAAAGAAAUCCUCCCUUUUUUUAAAAUUUGAUUUUAGAUAUUGUCUGAUUCGCUGUUUGCAAUAACUUGAUCUGGACUUGUGGCAUCGGUACCGAAACAUAUAAACAUGUUGUAGCAUGUUUCGCAGCGUGCAUACACCUCACAUACCGUGCAGUUCGGUCUGAAAGUCUUGCAUAAAUAUGUCCGGGCCUUUCUACAUUGUUUCUAAAUGUUGCCUGUGUGUAGUUCAUGCAAGAGUGGGGUGGGGGAGUUGCUCAGGUCCUUAUUUUAGAGGUUUUAAAUGGCUUCAGCCCUGUCCCGUCUGCUCCAUGGCUGUAAAAUUGCUGCUAAUGUAGAGAAAUGUCCACUUGUUUUUCCAGAUUUUUUUAAAAACACGGCCAAGAUCAGAUUUUUAUUUAGGCCUGUCGUAAGAGAUGAGAAAUAUUAAAGUAAUGCACCCCCCCAAACACACACUGUCACGUGAGAGUGUGUGUGAGUGAGAGUGAGAGUGAGAGUGAGAGUGAGAGUGAGUGUGAGUGAGAAUAGUUAUGCACACAGGGUCUGAAUUUAGCACCCGGCUCGUGCCACAUGCUGGUCCGGACUGAAAGACCAGUGAAUAAACUUGGCCUGACAUGUUGACUGUGAGUUUGUCAGUGAGUAACAUUGUAGUUUCUCUCUUGCGUUCUGUUGCACCGGAUCAAAUGUGCAUGUCAGUGAGCAGAUAGAUUUGAUCCAGGACAUGGCACUGGAAAGGGUCUGGUAUCCGUGUGGAAAACAAAAUGUGCGUUCGUUGUAAAAAGGUUUCUUGAGUCAACCGGUCCUGUUGCAGGUAACUCAAAAAUAAAUUUAAGACAUUGUGUAUGCAAUAAAUUUGUUUUAUUUGAC